AAGUAAAUAAAAACGUACCUAUUUUGCUCUAGCAACAUCAUGUCUAUGCCGACAAAGCAAGCGCGUCCGGAAGAUCCAGAUGAUGUUGGUAUGUUUUGCAGUGAAGAAGUUGUGCGAAACCCUACGUGCGUACAAGUGCUUCCAGUAGUUAGUACCGUGGAGAAUCAGCUAACAACAUCUUCUGCUGCAUCAUAUACGUUGACAUCUUCCGGCGGUAAUGUUUCGGCAGUUACGGUUCAUACUGCCCCCAAUGAACAGCCACCAAUAUCAUCUGUUCCGUCGUCGGCGUUGAACGUUUCCGAUGAUGUUGCUGCUGCACUUGCACGUUUGUCAAGAAACGUUAUUUGUGUUGCAAUGCAGCAGCCAAAUACAUCUUCCACGAUGAUGCCAGCUGGUACAGUUGUUUGCGCCGGUGGACAGCAAAUUCCAUCAUCUUCAUUGGUGAUGGCAUCCUCUAGUCCGGAUAGUGUUGUUGUGUCACGCCCGUCAGGAUGUGUUGUGCAUGCCGGAGCACAACGGUUGCCGUCGGCUGCAACGGUGGGGGCAGCAUCCAGUGGUGUUGUCGCUGCUGUUCAUGCUGAAGGACAACGGCUUCCAUCGGCUGCAACGGUGGUCCCAGCAUCCAGGAGUGUUGUCGCUGCCGCCGGAGGACAACGGUUGCCGUUUCGAUCAACAAACGCAACUUCCAGCAGUGUUGUUGUUGCUGCACGUCCGCCAGGAAGGGUUGUACACGCCAGAGGACAACGGUUGCCGUCAGCUGCAACGGUGGGUACAGCAUCCAGUGGUGUUGUCGCUGCUGUUCAUGCUGAAGGACAACGGCUUCCAUCGGCUGCAACGGUGGUCCCAGCAUCCAGGAGUGUUGUCGCUGCGGCCGGAGGACAACGGUUGCAGCCUGGAUCACCAAACGCAACUUCCAGCGGUGUUGAUACUGUUGCAGCACGUCUGCCAAGAAGUGUGGUACACGCUAGAGGACAACGGUUGCCGUCGGCUGCAACGAUGGUGACCGCAUCCAGAGGUGUUGUCGCUGCCGCCGGAGGGCAACGGCUGCCGUCGGCUGCAACAGUGGGGACAGCAUCUGGAGGUGCUGUAGCUGCUGUUCAUGCUGGAGGACAACGGCUUCCGUCGGCUGCAACGGUGGAGACAGCAUCCAGGAGUGUUGUCGCUGCCGCCGGAGGGCAACGGUUGCCGUCGGCUGCAACAGUGGGGACAGCAUCUGGAGGUGCUGUAGCUGCUGUUCAUGCUGGAGGACAACGGCUUCCGUCGGCUGCAACGGUGGUGACAGCAUCCAGGAGUGUUGUCGCUGCCGCCGGAGGACAACAGUUGCCAUUGGCUUCAACGAUAGUGACAGCAUCCGGAGGUGUCGCUGCUGCAGCAAACCCGCCCGGAAGGGUUAAACGCACCGGAGGACAACGGUUUUCGUCGUCUGCAACAGUGAUUGCAGCAUCUGGAGGUGGUUUUGCUGCUGCGACACGCCCGCAAGGAUAUUCUGUUCAUGCCGUAGGACAACGUUUGCCGUCAUCUGCGUUGGCGAACACAACAUCCAAAGGCGUUUUUGCUGCUGCAACACACCCACCAGGAAAUGCUGUCCAUGUUGGAGGACAACGGCUGCCGUCGGCUGCAACGGUGGUGACAGCAUCUAGAAGUGUUGUCGCUGCCGCCGGAGGUCAACGGUUGCCGUCUGAAUCAACAAUCGCAACUUCCAGCGGUGUUGUUCCUGUUACUGCACGUCCGCCAGGAAGUGUUGUACACGCCAGAGGACAACGGUUGCCGUCGGCUGCAACAGUGGGGACAGCAUCUUGUGGUGUUGUUGCUGCUGUUCAUACUGGAGGACAACGGCUUCCGUCGGCUGCAACGGUGGAGACAGCCGAGAGUGUUGCCGCUGCCGCCGGAGGACAACUGUUGCCGUCUACAUCACCAAAAGCAACUUCCAGUGGCGUUGUUGUUGCUACGGAACGCCCGCCAGGAAAUGUUGUUGAUGCUGGAUUGCAACAGUUGACGUCGUCUUCAGCGGUGGUGACAGCAACUGGAGGUGUUGUCGCUGCUGCAGCAAAACCGCCAGGAAUGGCUAAAUGCUCCGCAGGACAACGGUUAUCGUCGUCUGCAACUGUCAUUGCAGCAUCCGGAGGUGGUUUUUCUGCUGCGACACGCCCGCAAGCAAGGAUUAUCAGCGCAGAUGUUCUCAAGCCAACAUCAGCUGUAUCAAUGAUGGAAAUUUCCAGCGAUGAUGCUUUUGCUGCAACACAGCCGCAAGAAGAAAGCCACCCGUCUUGCUGCUGUCCGCUUUGCCGAAAGCUGCUUAUUAGACAGGAUGCUCGAAAUGCUCAAAUACUUGCUCUGUUAGAUGGACUUUCCUUGACAAUGAAUCCUAUGAAAGGACUUCGAAGGAAUGUAAAUACAUUUAAUAUUACUGUAGUGUCCAACGUGCAGCAGCUAGAUGAGCUGGAAGCUAAGUUGGAAAAUAAUGAAUUCUUUUUUUUUUGUUAUGUACAAAGAAUCGAUGCUGAUAUUACAAGUCAGGAUGCAUUCAAUAGGUUACAUGAGGCUUUGGAUAUCCUUUUUGAUAGAGCAUUUUUCGCUUCAUGCAGUUGGAAAGGGUCAAGUGGAAAAAAAAUACCGUUUUGUAAUUACCGGCAUGUAUUACGUUUGCUUAGGGCUGUCGGAAAAAAUCACUUGGGGAUAGAAGUCGAUGACCUUUUUGUAGAAAAGUUUAUGAAAUCAAAGUUGGAGCAUGCUACUCAACGUUUGAAUUUGGAGGGUUCAAGGAAAUCGACUUGUCACAAUAGAAAAUUUUUAAGUUAGUUAAUUUAGUUAAUUAAGAUAGUUUACCUGUAUAUAUAUGUUAUGUAUUCCUAAACGUCUAUAAGCUGUCACAUAUGUACAUAUGAAUAUUUUUAAAUUAAUGUAUAAUUAAACUUUAGUCUUAUCAUUAUGAGCUUAAGUAGCGUUAUUAUAAGAUGUUCAUAUUGAUACCAAAGUUUAUUUGAAAUCUAGUCGAAAAAUUAUGCACUGCACUACUAUCAUUAUAAUCUAUACAUAUUAUUAUAAGUAAUGUUUUUUUCAUGACAUAGCUAAUAUGAACUAUUAUGAUAAAUAUUCUGAAUUCUUGCCUUAACAUAUACAAAUUUAUAUUAACUUUAAAUGUGCAAUCAAAAUACUACUUAAAUGCUUCAUAACAUGAUACUAACAUCUGUAAAAUUAAGAGAUUAUGAUGCGGUUGCUACGCUUUAAAAGUAAUUUUGUGGCUGUAAGUUUGUAACAUAAAUACAAACAUUUUGUUAGAAAAAACUGUCAGGAAGUAUUUCAAAAACUAUCUGUGAUGUAUAAGGAAGUGCAUGCAUUUCAUUGGAUUUUUAUUUAUUUUGUAUAAGUAAACCGUAUACAAACAACAAACAAAAUUUGUGCAACGGACUGUGAUCUGCAAUAAUAUAAUAAUAAUACAAAGAUUAGUUAC